AUGUGGAAUGAUGUUCCAAUGUUGGACAAAAUACUUAACGAAAUACAGAUGUAUGGUUGUGAUCCCUCCCAUCGAUCAAAUACCGCUCAAGGUUUAAUCAAGGUUCUCAGUGAGCUGAAAGAUGUUCAACAGAAACACAUGGAGACUCUGCGGGCACAAACUGAAACACUGAGAGUCAACACGAUCCUGAUGAGGGAGAAGGUGAAGGUUUUCCACCUGGUUGAUCGAUACGCUGAGCUCAUCGUCAUUUCUGCUGUUCGAGAUCGGAGACUGGUUGAACAUGAGCUGCUGGCAAGACGCAGAGACCACAAGCUUUGGAGAGAGAAACAUCUCCACGGAGAGAUGGAAAAAAUCCAGACUGAUCAGUUAUUCCAGAGCAGCUUUUCCCGAAGUAAAUCCAAAUCUGGGAGAUCAGCAGCAGUGGCCGGAGUCGCGGGGAUUGGGAAAACAACAAUGGUACAAAAGAUUGUUUAUGACUGGGCCAUGGGGAAGAUAUUCCAACAAUUCCAGUUUGUCUUUAGUUUCAAAUUCCGGGAGUUAAACUCCAUUAACUGCAGAACAAACCUGAGGGAACUGAUUCUGGAUCAGUAUCCUUACUUUGGGAAUUUCCUGAGAGAUGCCUGGAAGAACCCACAGGGAUUGUUGUUCAUAUUCGAUGGUUUGGAUGAAUUCAAACACAGAAUCUAUUUUGCAGAUAAAUGGAGAGAUACAGAACCUAAGCACCAGUGUCCAGAUCCCGAGUGCUGGUGUGAAGUGUCGGAAAUUGUGUACAGUUUAAUCCAGGUCUUGGACGGAAUGACCUGGGAGAUUCAGGAGUGA